CUUAUACACUAGCUCCAAUGUCGGUUUAAGCUUUUACUCUUCUGUCCUUAAGCCGUCAUAGCAUAAAAUGGAGAUAUUCCAUUUUUUCCGAUCUUCGUAAUUAUCCUCAAAAUUUCGUAUUUAUCCGCGGAAACUUGACAUUUAUCCUUCCUUGCGCGCCAAGUGUAAACCGUACUAUGGUUUACGAGCUUUUGGUUAAGGAGUCGUAGGAUGGGCCUCGAAUCGUGUUUUAUGUCCCUUUGGGCCGUCUUCCGACUCGAAGCGUUUACUGCGACUUCUUUCGAUAAAGAAUGAACUUUAUGCGGUUUUAUCCGCAAAGUUUAAUCGAUGAUUUAGAAUGGCGGAAAACAUGAACUGAGUUUGCUACAGUCUUCGGAGAUAGCAUCGAAGGAUAGACGAGAGUGCAUGGACUGGUGUCGAAUCGACGUUUCGGAAGAGCUCGGUCGCUGCAUAGCGACCGAGCGGGACGGACUCUCGGUAGCUACGUAGCGACCGAGCUGUGUGCAUGCUUGGUCGCCGCGUAUCGAUCGAGCUUGGCUUGUCCGCGGUCCGAUUUCCAUACCCGAUCUUUUCCGUGGCCGAUUUGGAUAUAUGUUUGUUGCCUUUGGACAAUCGGUAUUUAGUGGUUCGAUUGAGAUUUGAACAAGAUUUUACCACAAGGCUCUUCUUAAAGAUAUCUUUACGAAGAUUAGUUUUCGUAAAAAUGUUCAUGCUGAUUUUUACGGACUUUCAGACAUUGAUUCCGUUGUGACCAAUUUUGACCCCAACACUCUACCGUUAGUAUGGGUGUCAUUUUGUGAUUGCCACAAACUUAGCAUGAGCAUGACUCGAUAUGUGCAGUUGUUGAACGAUUUUCAAAGAUGGUCACUUCAUUGUUUGUAAGAAAAAUACGGAUGCAGUCAGUGUCGCAAUUUUAUUCUUUCAGAAGUGUAUUGUCUACAUGGUUUGCCCUUGUCAAUUGUUUCUGAUUGCGAGACUUGAUUCCUUAGUCAUUUUGGGCGAUAUUUAUGGAAAUUAUUGGGAACUUCAUUGGAUUUUAGCUCAGCACAUCAUCCCCAUUUUGAUGGACAGACGGAAGUAACCAACCGAUCAUUAGGUAAUCUUCUUCGGUGUCUUGUUGGGGAUAAUUAUAAAGUCGAUGUUCGCAAAACUAUCUCAGGCUGAGUCUGCAUAUAACCACACUUUGAAUCGCACACUCGGUUAUUCUCAUUUUCACAUCGUUUAUGUUGUUAUUCCACACUGUCCAAUAGAUUUGGCUACUACACCAGAUCAAACUCGACAUCAUGGCGAGGCAGUGGACUUUGUAACCAAACUUUCUCAAUUACAUCGACGAGCUCAAACAAACCUGGGAGACGCAACAAUUAAAUACAAGCUUCGGCGGAUAAUAAGCAAAUGGUAGUAAUUUUUGAACCAGGAGAAUUGGUUUGGGUUUACUUGACGAAAGAAAGGAUCUAACUUCGCGACUUUAACAAGCUCAAAUCAAAGAAAGUAGGUCCUUGUGGGGGUUCUGGAACGUAUCAAUCCAAAUGCUUAAAUAUAAAGUACAAUUUCUGGCACAUUUCAGGACUUCAAACAUAUUUAACAUGAAGCACUGGUCUCCUUACUAUGGCGAUAACAAUGAUCAUGAUUCGUGGGUGAAUCCUUCUCAAUCCGGGGAACCUGAUGCAGCGCAUCAUCAUCAUCUCCACAGCCAUUACUAUGAGUUGUUAUGUUUUCGGCUUUACUUGUAUUCUAAGUUAUUAGUUUUUCCUUGUCUUAUUAGAACUAUAUAAUUAUUAAACAUCCCUUAAGAACUAGGGUAAGAACUAUUUAGAUUAGUAUAGAUAGCGGCUUUACACUACAAGAAAUUAGCAAUAUUGCAACAACAAAAUUGCAACCUUCAUUUAUGUUAAAAAUUUGCCAUGAUUAUUACAAUAUAUUUGCAAUGAUGAAUAUUCGUUCCAAUUUCAUUACAAUUUUAUUGCAAAAUUACAAUCAAAAUAUAUGUUGCAUGUUUUCAUUACUAAAUUGCAACAUUUUGCGUCAUAAAAAAAUAUCUCGCAAAUUUUUCAAGAAACAUUCAACUGUUUAAAAACCAUUGCUAAAUUGCAAAAAAUUAAUAUAUAAACAAUACGUGUCAAGAAACAUUCAACAGUUUAAAAACCAUUGCUAAAUUGCAAAAAAUUAAUAUAUAAACAAUACGUGACAAAAACGUGACAUUAGUCAUGUGUUCCUAAAAAAGAAUUUUGUAUAUAAAGUAUAUAUAUAUAUAUAUAUAUAUAUAUUGGAUAGUUAGAAAUCUACAGUAUAUUUUAAAGGUUUCCAAUUCUUGAGAUUUUGUAAAAAGUUUUAUUUUAUGAAUUUUAUUUUGUUUUGGUCUAGCUAUAUUGUAGCAAAAUGCAAUGUCAAUAUAAAGAACAAUGUUCUCUUACAAAUCCAUACUAAAUAUAAAUUAUAAUAGAUAAUCUUUAAAAAAUAAACAAUCUAACUUAAACAAACAGUUAAUUCAUCACAAAUCAUUAACUCAAAAAUCCGAACGCUUCUCAAUAAAUAGUCCUUUAAACAAAAUCUUACAAGAAGUCAAGAAAAUUGACAACUUAAACUCACCAUCUAUAAGAUAUAGCUAUGUCACCUUAUGCUACUUUCAACUUUGAACAAACACAAAUAACCAAAGAAUGAAUAAUGAACCAUUUCUUUCGUAUGAGUUCUCACACUAAACAAGACCUCUGGGAGCAAAUCUUGGCACACACUCCAAAUCUACAUCCAUAGGUUCAACACACAACAAUCUAUCAUUGAUUUCUAGCUACCAUCCAUUACCGACUAUCAAGGUAAUUUUAAUGACUCAACAACUGAGAGAAUGAAAUUCAUGUUAACAUACCAUGAAAUUGAACACCCCAACUCAACCCUGCUUAUUCAAGAGACAACCUAAUACGUGAUGAAAUUACUUACAGCAGAAAACAAUACAUAACUGAUGAUCUUCAAGUUACUCUCUUAUCAACGCUCGCUCUCGCUAUUUCCUUACUCUUUGUACUCAGCUUAGGCAGCUCCCUUUGUAUUGUGCUCGUUCCUGAUUUCUCUCUCUGAUAUGUGCUUGGCCUUUGCAGGUUCUCUAAAAUCUACACUGCUCCUCACCUCUCUGUUUGUCAAACUGUUUCACUUUGAGAAUGAGGCGACUUCUCAACCGCCUAUACAAACUUCUUUAGAUGCUUUAUGUAUUAAGGAUAUAGCUCUAGAUCAUAGUAGUUUUUUCUCCUUUGAUCCAAAGAGGUUCAUAUUUUUCUUUCAAAGAUCGAACAUUUACUCCCCAUGAGACCAAUUCACAACAUCAGCUGAUGUUCCUAGCAAACACCUGUAAGCCUCGGAUCAAAAACAAAACGACUUUGUAAGAGAAAACAAAAACUAACACUACAAGAAAAAUUGUAAAUAGCCACAAAUUAGCCACAAAAAUUUUGUAGCUAGACUUUUACAGCUACACAUAGCUACAAAAAUAGCCACAAUAUUUUAAAAGCAAAAUUUGUAGCUAUUAUGUAGGUUUUUGUGGCUAAUUUAGCUACAAACUAGACUUGUGGUUUUUUGAGGAUAAUUAGCAACAAUUAGUCACAAAAUAAUUUGUAGACAUAAAAACUACUAUUAACCACAAAAUGAUUUGUUGAAGUAUAUAGCCACAAUGUAAUUUGUGGCUAUUGGAGAAAUAUAAAUCUUAUAUUCUAAACCCUAAACAUACCCUAAAGCAAUUUAUCCUAGAGCAAGAAUUGAACUCUUAAAUACAAAAAUACAAACGCCAAGCAAUAUGAAUAGUAUUAGAUUUUGGAUAUAUAUAUAUAUAUAUAUUUAUAUGUUAUGUUUCGAUUAGAUUUUGAUAUAAAUAUGAACAUGUUGUAAUCUAUGGACCAACCAAUGGAGAAAGAAGAGCUAACUACUUAAGACAUUUGAGGAUCACGAGGUAUACACUUAAACUUUACACAAUGACUUUUAACUUUUAUUGUUCUCAAUUUGACAUUUUUUUUUGAGCAAUUGACUUUUACUUUGAUUUAUAUUCUCUUAUGUACGCAGGAAAGAUGGUUCAGAAGGUUGUAACAUAUAAAUUAAUUUACCUAAGACAAAAUAUCAACUAACACAAAAAUAGAAAAAAAAUUCAUCCUUGACCAAUAAUAUCAAACUACCUAGAUCCUAUCCUCACAUCCAAACCCUCUACUAUAAACCUAAACUUAUACCCCAAACCCCAAAUCUAAAACAUCAAACCUAAUCUCAUUCUAAAUCUAUACUACAUACACCAAACCUUAACCUAAUACUCUAAACCGCAAACUCAAACCCUACAUAUAAAACCAUGAAUUCAAUAUUUUCAAACUUAAAAUCUAUUAUUUAAACAAACUCCAAUUAUUUUUCAUGUAAGCAUAUAUAUAAUUAAUAUCUAUUCCAAUCUUUUCCAACUUCCGUAGACAUAAAUAUAAUUUAAGUAAAACCAAGCAUGGUAAAGUCAUAUAUAAUUUAUCUGAAUGUAAUUUUACAUAAAAUUUAUUAAAGCACGGGGUCAUAAAUCUAAUUCUUUUUUUUUAUCAAAUUCAAUAUAUAUAAUAUAAUCAUAUAAGAAAUGCAAAGGAAAAACAUAUAUAUAUAUAUAUAUAUAUAUAUAUAUAUAUAUAUAUAUAUAUAUAUAUAUAUAUCUCUGGCCAAAAUUUUCUACCCUUCCGCCAAAUUUUCCCUCCUUCCCCGUGCACAUCUUGACCAAAUUUAAAACAAUAAGCAAAAUAAAGAAAAAAGAAGCUCUUCUAAUUUUUCAUUGGUUGACAAAGUAGCUAAAGGAUUGCUAUCUAGAAUCUCGGACCAUUGAUUAAAUUUGAGCCAAUGGUCAAGAUCACUUUAUGUUUCUUCCUCGUGUCUCUCUUUUCUUCACCAAGAUAUCAUCUCUCUUUCUUUCAAGAUCUCAAAUUCUCAACCACGUUGCUCCAGAUCUUCUUUCUCUCAUAUCUCUCUCUUUAACCAUACUACUUGCUCGAGCUUGUUCACCAAAGCUUGUUCGUCACCAAAGUUCUAUAACGACCCAAUUCCGCAGGCCCAGCAAAGCCCAAUCAAUUUACAGAAAACCCUAGAUUUAGAGCCGUCAGAGAGAGAGAUAUUGGUGAACUGUCUCAGCCACCGUCGACUGAGAUCAGAUCCGUCAUGCCGCCGCCGUCUCACUCCCUAGGCCACCAGUGUGUUCGUGACGUCGAGACGAGUCUGGAGCAGGAAUUUCAGCCGGAGAUCCGCCGCCACACGUGCGGGAAGAAGAAUCACGCGUGAAUCCCACGCGCCGCCAUCUCCGCCGGACGUUCGCCGGAGACACCGCAGCCGGCCACCGUCCAUUCGCCGCCGGGAAGCCGCCGCCGCAUCGCCGCCGCGUCUCCGCCGCCGGCGUUGAUUUUCCGGUAAACCACCAACAUCGUUGGCCGCCGCCGGCGACCGGUCUACGGCGACUCGCCGGUAACUCGGUGACUCGGCCGAGUUGACUCAGCGAGUCAAGCCGUUGACCAGUCAAGCCGGUUCGGUUAGUCAAUUGAUUUUAUUAUUGAUUAAACCGAUCGGUUAUUGGGAAUUAGUUUGGUUUGGAUUAAACCGAGUUGAAAUCAAUUUUAAUCUGGUCCAAUUGAAAUUGAAUCCAGUUAAGGAAAACCGAUGGUUCAAUUCGAUUUCAAUUUGUUCAAGGGUUGACCGGCUUGGGUCAGAGUAGACCGGGUUGACCUUUGACCAGCGGGUUGACUUUUUGACCAGAUCGCCGGUUACCCGUUUUGGACCGUUCGAAGGGCGUUCUGACUUGAUUUUUCGCCCUGAUUUCAGAUUUGGAGUUUGUUUGAGCAGCUGGAGUUCAUAGCUAUCACUUUUCCACAUUGCUAAGGUGAGGGUCUAUUCCGUAAAUCCCGUACCAGUGUAGAAUUCUCCCUAUCGUAGUUUAGAUUUUGAAUCAUGAUCCGUCUGUUUGAAUUGAGUCUUGAUUGUUAGUUAGUUCAUUCAUUGUAAACUGGAACUAGGGGUCUAGAGGAUUCAACCUUUGAUUGGAUUGUGUGAUGUUAAGAGAUGCGAUAUAUAUAUAUAUGUGUGUAUACAUAGUUAUUAGUAGGGACUAUGUGCGCGGGCGCGGGCUCAGCGAUGUCUAGGCUAGCGACACUACUUUGGUUGUGUGGGCAGGAGUUCAGAGACGUCUGUACUUGCGAUGCUACUUGUGCGGGCGUGUGGUGCAGAGACGUUUGUAUCAUGGACGCUACUUGAAAGGGUGGGGGUACAGAGACAUAUUGUACUAGCGACGCUACGUAUUAUAUAUCCAUAUGAGGAGAUGUGGGGUGUAUGGACUAGCUUUAUGCUAUCAUCGCAUUGUUUGGUUUGUGUGACGUGCUAGGCGUCGUGUGUGUUCAUGUUAGAGCUAAACUUCCAUAGUGGGAGUUCUAUUUACUCAAGUCAGUGGUUUGCGUGUUUAGCAUCCCCAUACCUCACGGAGUAACUUCCCUGUUACUCACCCCUCCUAUUCCUUUCCCCUUUCAGGUGAGACUGACGAGCAGGAGUGAUUGCUAUCGGAUUGGUGCUUUGGGAGUUCUAUUUCUUUUAUUUUCAGACUUUCGAUUUUAUGAUUUUAUCGAUAUUUCGGGAUUUAGCUAUUUUAUUGCAUUUAUGGUUAUUUAUUGGAUUUAUGACUUUGGAGUUGACUUUUGAGAAGUAAUAAAUGGAGAUUUCAGACUUUUUAUUUAUUUAAGUUAUUUAUUUAAGUUAUUUCGGAAAAUACGGAUGUUACAAUUUGGUAUCAGAGCGGGGUUCCGUCUCGGCUCUGACCUGGGAUGGUGAUUUGUGGGGACUCGGUUUUUAAUCGGUUUUAGACGAUUUUUAAAAUAUUUAUGGAAAUAUGGGGAUUUUAAAAAUAAAAGUAAAUAGCACCUUUUUGCUUGGCAUUAUGUCUUUCAUCGUUAGUGUUUGGUUUCGGCAGAAGUUAAUUAAAUUGUUAUUUCUUUCAGAUGCCGCCGCGUAAGAGAGUUGUUCGCGCUCAGGCCGCUAGUGCUCCUCGAGAGGGUGGAGAUGAGCAUGUACCGCCACCAGUUCUACCGAUUGAUCAGGAUACCCUUAGGCAGAUGGUGCAGGAUGCUGCUAGACAGGCCGCACAGGAGGCAGUUCAGGAAGCUGUCCAGGAGGCUGCUAGAGUAGCUGCACAGGAAGUGGUUAGGCAGAUGGCUGCAGCUCAGCAGGGUCAUCAGGUUCCGCCAGAUCAGGCUCAGGGGCAUCAGCAACCCCCUAUUCAGCCGGUUCCACCAGUCAGGAUCAGGGACAGCAGCAACCCCCUAUUCAGCCGGUUCCACCAGUUCAGGUUCAGGGACAGCAGCAACCCCCUAUCCAGCAUGUUCCAGGGAUUUUCCAGGUUCCACCACCAGCGCCACGUGUUCUUCCAGGGUAAGUUCCUGAUGUUGUGCCACCCGUUCUUCCAGGGCAGGUUCCUGAGGUUGAUGAGACGCUUAUGCGGGUAAUGAGACAGAUGAAAACUAUAGGUUUGGAGACUUUUGAAGGAACAGUAGACCCUGGAGCGGCUUAUAAGUGGAAGCAUAGGUUGGCUUCAUGUCUGCAGACAAUCAAUUGUCCGUUGCGCCUUUGUCUUAAUAUCGCAGAGUUGUAUCUGCGUGGAGAUGCAUUGGUAUGGUGGGAUGGAGUGCGAUCGAUGCGUGAUGGCGACAUGAUUUAUGAGGAUUUCCUCAUUGCAUUCGACAAGAAGUACUUUCCCAGAGAAGCGUUGCACCAGAAUAGGAAUGCUUUUGAGCAUCUGAGGCAGGGUACUAAGAGUGUCAGGGAGUACGAGCGAGAGUUUUGCCAGCUCCGCUUGUUUGCUGGUAAUCAUUUUGAUGGAGAGGACUUAAUCAGGAGGUUCUUAGAUGGUAUGCGAGUCGAUCUCCGCGGCAGGUGCAGUAUGGUUACUUACACCAGUUUGGAGGAUCUGGUAGAGAAGGCUGUUGUGCAGGAGGCAUGUAUUGCAGAGGAGCAAAAGUACUCUAAGGCUCCACCUAAGACUGGAAGGACUUCAGAGCCACAAAAGAGAACAUGGGAACAGUUGGGAGCACCUAGUUGCGACAAGUGUCGUCGCCAUCAUUUUGGAGAGUGCAUCACGUGCUUCAACUGUGGGAAGAUGGGACAUAAAAGUAGGGAUUGUCGGAGUAGGCCAUUUGGUGCGCGGGGAGUAGCACCAGCAGCACCAGCAGCAUCAGCAGCACCAGCAGCGCAUGCAGCACCAGUAGCACAGGGAGCGCAGGAGCACCAGCUGCAGCAUACACACCAGGAGCUUGCUUCACUUGUGGCCAGUUUGGCCAUAUCUCCAGGUUUUGCCCGACUAAAGGGCCUGGGGCCAAGCGACAAGCCAUCACUCCGCGUGUUUAUGCUCUAGGAGAGGCCAAUGGAGCUGAGCCGAUAGCCGGUAUGUAUUUUUAUCAUACUCGUCUGUUUAUGAGUAACUGUGUUUUGAUGAAUAUCAUGUGUAGUUAGAAAAAAAAAACAUUUGUGUGUAGGAUCGGUUUCUAUUGAAGGUGAGGUAGCUCACACUCUAUUCGACACAGGAGCUUCUCACAGCUUCGGGAGUUCGCGUUUGUCUAAGUCUUGGCCUUUUCGAGGUGUCUUUGAGCCGAAGGUUAAGCAGAUUCGGACGGCCGGUACUGAGAAAUUGGGAACCACUGGCGUUCGCCGAGAUGUACCAGUCCUACUGGGAGGAGUCGACUUCAUAGGAGACCUAGCAGAGAUGGAGAUGGAUUACUACGAUGUCAUACUUGGGAUGGAUUGGCUGUCACGGCAUCGAGUGGUGAUAGAUUGCAUGCGAUCGAAAGUUAAUAUUCCUAGAGGAGAUGGGAAGAUCACAUUCCAGUGUCUAUAGGCUUACCGUGGGAUUUCUGUUAUUUCCAUGUUGCAUGUUGAGUACUUAUUGGAGAGAGGAGCAGAAGGAUUUUUGGCGACUAUUUCGAUGGUUAAUGAAGAUGGACCUUCUGAGUUACAGGAUAUUCCAGUGGCUGCAGAAUUUCAGGAUGUAUUUGAAGCCUUAAAGGGGCCACCACCAGCCAGAGGAGAUGUUCUCAAUAUUGAGUUAGAACCAGGAACAACACAGGUUUCGCGGGCUCCAUACCGUUUAGCAGCAGCAGAGAUGGUUGAACUGAAGAUGCAGUUGGAGGAGUUAUUGAGUAAGGGUUUCAUCAGACCUAGUACUUCACCCUGGGGAGCGCCAGUAUUGUUUGUGAAGAAGAAAGAUGGAAAUUUCAGACUAUGUAUCGACUACAGAGGUUUGAACAAGGUGACCAUCAAGAAUAAGUACCCGCUUCCACGUAUCGAUGAGUUAUUGGAUCAGUUGCAGGGAUCUUCAUGGUUUUCAAAAAUUGACUUGGCAUCGGGUUACCACCAGAUUGCGAUAGCUGAUGAGGAUGUGCGGAAGACUGCUUUCCGUACCCGUUAUGGACAUUAUGAGUUUGUGGUGAUGUCAUUUGGGUUGACUAAUGCACCUGCAGCAUUCAUGAAGCUUAUUAAUGAUGUGUUUCGCGAGCACUUGGAUUAGUGUGUGAUUGUUUUCAUCGACGAUAUUUUGAUCUAUUCUCGGAGUAGAGAGGAGCAUGCAGAGCAUCUGCGGAUUGUGUUGGAUAAGCUCAGGGAGCAUCAGCUGUUUGCCAAGCUGAGUAAGUGUAGCUUCUGGCAGAGGAAGAUUGGAUUUUUGGGUCACGUGAUUUCAGAGGCAGGAGUUGCAGUAGAUCCGGAGAAGAUUACUGCAAUAUCGGAGUGGCCUACACCUAAGACCGCCACCGAGAUUCGUAGCUUUCUGGGUUUAGCAGGAUACUACAGAAAGUUUGUGAAAGAUUUUGCUAGUAUCGCGAAACCGAUGACACGGUUAACAGGCAAAGACACCAAGUUUGAUUGGACGGAUGCUUGUAUGGAGAGUUUUACCGAGCUGAAAUGGAAGUUGACAGAGACGCCAGUGUUGGUACUACCUAGACCAGGGGUACCGUAUGAGGUUUAUACAGAUGCGUCAGGUACUGGUUUGGGUUGUGUGUUGAUGCAGGAUGGUCAUGUUAUUGUCUACGCAUCACGUCAGUUGAGACCUCACGAGGUCAACUACCUUACUCAUGAUUUGGAGUUAGCAGCAGUUGUUUUUGCGCUAAAGAUUUGGAGGUCAUAUUUGUAUGGAGAGAAAGUUCAGAUCCUCACAGACCACCAGAGUCUGAAGUACAUAUUUACUCAGGCGGACCUAAAUCUGAGACAGCGCAGAUGGAUGGAGUUGUUAGCAGACUACAACCUGGAGAUUACGUAUCAACCAAGGUAAGGCCAAUCAGGUGGCAGAUGCCUUGAGUAGACACAGGAACGAUGUUUCAGGAACGAAGGAGGUUCAGGAGCUGACUGGGACACUUGCUAGUCUCAGAUUGUGUGCAGUUACCGCAGAGGGAGAGACUGUUGGUCUUGAAGCAUUGGAGCAGGCUGAUUUAUUAUGGAGGAUACGCAGAGCUCAGGAUAGUGAUAAUGCUUUGGUUAAGCAGAUUGAGAUCGAGAGUAUUGGAUAUCAUAUAGAUUUGAGCGGGAUGUACAUGUAUCGGAACCGAGUCUGUGUGCCAGAGGACAAGCUGUUAAGGAAGGAGAUUUUACAGCAAGCACAUAAUUCGCAUUUUUCGAUCCACCCGGGAAAUACCGAGAUGUACAGAGAUUUUAAGCGCUACUACCACUGGCCUGGUAUGAAGAAAUAUGUGGCUACAUUUGUAUCGCAGUGUCAGACGUGUCAGAUGGUUAAGGCUGAGCAUCAAGUGCCUAGCGGGUUAUUGCAGAACCUCCCGUUGCCAGAGUGGAAAUGGGACAUGGUGACUAUGGAUUUUGUGACUGGACUUCCGAUAACCUUCGGUGGGAGGAAUUCUAUUUGGGUGAUCGUGGAUAAACUUACCAAAUCUGCUCAUUUUAUAGCAAUCAAGAAAACAGACGGAGCUGAUCAGUUGGCGCAGAUUUACCUUCGAGAUAUUGUGAGGUUGCAUGGAGUUCCUGUCAGUAUUGUAUCAGAUCGGGAUACCAAGUUCACUUCUACAUUUUGGAGAGCAUUUCAGAAGGCGCUUGGGACAAAAGUUCAUAUGAGUACAGCCUAUCAUCCGCAGACAGAUGGACAAUCAGAGAGGACUAUUCAGACAUUAGAGGAUAUGCUUAGGGCUUGCGUUCUGGAUUGGGAAGGAAGCUGGGGAAAGUAUUUACCUCUAGCAGAGUUUGCUUACAACAACAGCUAUCAUUCGAGUAUUGAGAUGGCACCGUAUGAGGCGCUUUAUGGUAGGCCUUGUCGUACACCACUUUGUUGGACAUAAGUGGGAGAGCGGCGAGACUUAGAACCAGCAAUAGUUCAGGAGAUAGUGGAGCACGUAGAGAUGCUCAAGACUCGGCUUAAGGAAGCCCAUGACCGGCAGAAGAGCUAUGCAGAUAAGCGCCAUAAAGACUUGGAUUUUCAGGUAGGAGACUUAGUAUACCUGAAAAUGAGGACAUUCCAAGGAGGAUAUAAGACUCGGAAGCUUAAGAAGUUUAAGCCGAGAUAUAUGGGACCGUACCCUAUUGUGGAGUGGAUUGGAGCAGUGGCUUACAGAUUGCGGUUAUCAGCAGAGUUGUCAGAUUUUCACGAUGUGUUCCAUGUGUCAGUCUUGAGGAAAGUUGUGAGAGAGCCAGAGCUUAUUUUGCAGCAGCCACCCAAUGAUCUUGAGAAGAAUUUGUAUGCAUCUUGUCAGCCAGUUGAGAUUUUAGAUCGGCAAGUGAAAGCCGUUCAAGGGAUGAUGACCAGUUUAGUUAAAGUUCGUUGGGAGAGAGACGGGAUUCAGGAAGAAACCUGGGAGGCCGAGACUCAGGUGAGGAUUAAUUAUCCUGAGUUUUUCCAAGACAGUAUUGGACAGUCGGUUCAGGAGCCGAAUUCGGGGACGAAUUCUCCAUUUGUGGGGGAGAAUUGUAACGAUCCAAUUCCGCAGGCCUAGUAAGGCCCAAUCAAUUUACAGAAAACCCUAGGUGAGUUCCUAUUUAAACAGAGCUAGCCUAUUAUUUUAUUCAGAAAAAGUCUAAGGCGUCGAACCCCUGCAGAUUUAGAGCCGUCAGAGAGGGAUACUGGUGAACUGUCUCAGCCACCGUCGACUGAGAUCAGAUCUGUCACGCCGCCGCUGUCUCACUCCCUAGGUAAUCCGCAAACCGCCUUUUCCGAUUAUUUAAAUGUUGGCCGUUUAGUAAAUCGUCGAUAUCUCUCUAACCAUUGGGUUUCUCGCGAUUUCAAGACCACCAGUGUGUUCGUGACGUCGAGACGAGUCCGGAGCAGGAAUUUCAGCCGGAGAUCCGCCGCGACGCGCCCACACGCGUGGGAGGAAGAAUCACGCGUGAAUCCCACGCGCCGCCAUCUCCGCCGGACGUUCGCCGGAGCCACCGCAGCCGGCCACCAUCUGUUCGCCGUCAGGAAGCCGCCGCCGCAUCACCGCCGCGUCUCCGCCGCCGCUGUUGAUUUUCCGGUAAGCCACCACCGUCGUUGGCCGCCGCCGGCGACCCCGACCGGUCUACGGCGACUCGCCGGUCGACUCGCCGGUAACUCGGUAACUCGGCCGAGUUGACUCAGCGAGUCAAGCCGUUGACCAGUCAAGCCGGUUCGGUUAGUCAAUUGAUUUUAUUAUUGAUUAAACCGAUCGGUUAUUGGGAAUUGUUUUGGUUUGGAUUAAACCGAGUUGAAAUCAAUUUUAAUCUGGUCCAAUUGAAAUCGAAUCCGGUUAAGGAAAACCGAUGGUUCAAUUCGAUUUCAAUUUGUUCAAGGGUUGACCGGCUUGGGUCAGAGUAGACCGGGUUGACCUUUGACCAGCGGGUUGACUUUUUGACCAGAUCGCCGGUUACCCGUUUUGGACCGUUCGAAGGGCGUUCUGACUUGAUUUUUCGCCCUGAUUUCAAAUUUGAAGUUUCUUUGAGAAGCUGGAGUUCAUAGCUUUCACUUUUCCACAUUGCUAAGGUGAGGGUCUAUUCCGUAAAUCCCGUACCAGUGUAGAAUUCUCCCUAUCAUAGUUUAGAUUUUGAAUCAUGAUCCGUCUGUUUGAAUUGAGUCUUGAUUGUUAAUUAGUUCAUUCAUUGUAAACUGGAACUAAGAGUCUAGAGGAUUCAACCUUUGAUUGGAUUGUGUGAUGUUAAGAGAUGCGAUAUAUAUGUAUAUAUAUGUAUACAUAGUUAUUAGUAGGGACUAUGUGUGCGGGCGGGGGCUCAGAGAUGUCUGGGCUAGCGACGCUACUUUGGUUGUGCGGGCAGGGGUUCAGAGACGUCUGUACUUGCGAUGCUACUUGUGCGGGCGUGUGGUGUAGAGACGUUUGUAUCAUGGACGCUACUUGAAAGGGCGGGGGUACAGAGACAUACUGUACUAGCGACGCUACGUAUUAUACAUCCAUAUGAGGAGAUGCGGGGUAUCUCUCACUCUCAGAUUUAGUUUUGUUUUUCAUUUAAGAUACUGAUUUUGAAGUUGUUAUCGAUUUAGAAGUUGGCGAGGGGGGAGAGAGCGUGAAGACGGUGGGAGGACGGCAUAUGGUGGCGAGGGUGGAGAUGGACAGCAGAUGGUGGCACCGUCAACUCGAAGCAAAUAAGCGGCGGAGAAGAUGAUGACCACUUUUUUUUUUUUUAGGUUUAGUUCUUUUUGGGUUUAAUUUUAAAAAAAUUAAUUUUGUUUAGUUUUUUUUGUUGUAAUCAAUUUAACUUAGUUUGUAAAUGAGUUUUAAUUUGUCGACAAAAAAAUGUACUCGUAAAUCAUUUUAUUAUAUACAAAAUUUAAUAUAUCAGACAUAUUUAUAUUUUUAUUUAGAAUUUUUUUUAUGAUUAGUAAUUUUAUAUUUUCUAAAAUAAAAUGUUUUCUACGAUCGAAAAUGUGGUUUUCUGUGGCUAAAUUAGCCACAAAGAUAAUCUUAUGCUAUUUGUGGAUAUUAGUUAGGAAUAUUGUUUGUGGCAAAGUCGUAGAAAAAAAACAAGCAAAGAUGGUCUGAUAUCCACAAGCUUAUAGUCGACGAAUUAUAUCCGUGGCUAUUCGUAGCUAUGAGUGAAAUAACCACAAAAUUCAAUCAAUAGCCACAAAAUUUAUAGUGGCUAUUAACAGAUUUUCUUGUAGUGUAAAUGGACACAAAAAAUUUGAUUUAAUAUAUUUUAACCAACAUAAAAAAAUCUUUCCAGGAUUAUAAUUUUAAAUAUAUAUAUAUAUAUAUAUAUAUAUAUAUAUAUAUAAAUUUAAAUUUAAAUAAAUUUUUUAUAUUUUAUCUUAAUUUUAACAUAUAAUUAAAUUAAAAAAUAAAAGUAAAUAUUGUAAGUAAUAAAACUAAAAAAUAAAAUAAAAAUAUAUUUUAAAUACAUUUAAAUUUAAAACUUUUAUUUCUGCACAUUGUGCCGGAAAACACCUAGUUAGAUGUAAUUAGAUAGUUAGUUUAAGAGUUAAUUUAGAUUUGUAUUUUAAUAGAUUACUAAAUUUUGAUCCGCGAUUUCCAAGUGCGAGUGUUUUUUCUUUUGCAAGUGUCAAAUAUUAAGGUUCUAAAAAUCGGUUUAGGCGGUAACUCGGUCCUAUCCGAAACGAUUUUCUUAAAGUCUGAUUUAUACCGAUUUAUACAAUCUAAUUUGGUUUAAACUAUUCUAAAUCAAUUAAAAUCGGUUUAAAUCAGUUUAAAUCGAUUUAAUUGUCUAAAUAUGUGAAAUUAAGCAAUAACAUUAUUACAAAUCUACAAAUUUGUCUACUUAUGUUUUGUAUAUCUAAUUUUCCUAAUUCUUCAUAAUAAUUUUUUAAUUGAAAAUAAAAACUAAACUAUGUCAUAUAAAUGUAUAAUAUAAAUUAAAUAAAUCAAUAAUUUGCUAACGCCUAGGCGUCGCCUGAGCCCCGAAUAAUCCGUCUAGUCGCUAGUCCUUUAUAAAGCGCCUAGUAACCGCCUAGCGAAUUUAGAACAUAUAAAAUAAAUGUGUCAAAUAUUUGUAGUUUCAUGUUUUUACAUAUAUUAUUGAACUUUCAUUCAAACCGCAAGAUUUGUCACCUUAUAAAUUUUUAUUUAAAAGAGACAUAGAUUUGUUAAUUAUUGGGUUGUGUAUUUAUAACAUAUUUAUAGAUGUUGAGACAUGAUUUUAAAAUGAGUAUAUUUGUAUUUAUAAAAAUUAAUUUCGAAGAGCUAAGUUUAUUGUGUUUCCCGAUAAAAGUAGUAUAUAAAAAAUAAUUUUUUUUAAACAAUUAUGUUUAAAAAUAUAAUACAAAAGAUAUAUCUCAUUGCAUAUUAUACAACAAAAAAUGUGGAUCAAAUAUUUCUAUGUUACUUUUUUUAUAGAAAAUAUCGAUUUACAAUAUACUUUUUAAACACAAUAUACGUUUUAAAAUGUGGUUUUAGUAUUUAACUAUUAUUUUAUUGAUUAACAAAAUAAAUUCAAAAUAUUCUUAGGAAUAUUUACUAUAUAGUUUAGAAUGUUUCGAAUAUAUUGUUGUAAUCAAAUCAUUUGCUAAGACAGUGGUACACAUUAAUGAUAGAAUUAGGUCACAUGAAAUUACAAUUAUUACAAGGUAAUAUUAUUUUUGGAAUAUUUUUUUAAUAAAGCUAAAGGAGAAUAUCUGUGAGUGGAUUGCACAAGAAUUUGAGUUGACAUACCUCAUAUAAAUAGUUAAAAAAGAAUUGAACCCACACGUCCGUGCGGAUAUAUAUAUAUAUAUAUAUAUAAUCUUUAAAAUAUAAAAUAUUUUUUAUUUAUGUACAUAAAUAAUUUUUGAAAAUAAUUUUUAUGAAAUUGUACUAAUCAUAUAUUCAGAAUUUAUUUUAUUUAUUUAAAAUGUAACAUCAUAUUAAUAAUUUACUUUUAAACAAUAGUUUUAUAUGAAUUAUUACAAAAAAAUUAUUUAAAAGGUUUCUAAUCUUGAAAUAUUUUAUGUGACUAAACUAAAUUAGCUAAUAUUUUAUUUUGAAAAUAUAUUUUAUUCAAUGUAUUAUAUUUUAGUUUUGUGUUUUUUACUGUAAAAUGUGACCAAGAUUAAAUAUAAAAAAAAGAAAUGUAUAAAAUAAACGUAUUUGGCUUUUGCAGGAUUUUUUUUUUAUUCAACACAGGAAAUCUUGUUGUUUAGACUUAUAUUGUUUUCUGUUAGAAAAAUAUCAUCUAUCAAUAAAUUUAGGAUAUAUUGUCAUAAUUUCUAGUUAGUGGUCUAAUAUAGACUUUUUUAUGAUAGAUAAAUUAGGACCCUACAUUAAUAGAUUAGAUAUUAAAUACAUGAAAUUACAAGAGAAGAUAUCUCGUCAUUUAAUUGCAACAGUUUUUUGAUUGACAUGCCCCAAUACAUAUAUUUAAAUAUAAAAUAUAUAUAAGAAGAAAAUAAAAAGUAUGUGGAGUAGAUUACAACAGUUUUUUUAUUGACAUAUCCCAAUAUAUAUAUAUAUAUAUAUAUAUAUAUAUAUAU